UGUUAUCAAAAGUUACAAUUUGUAAGACGUGAUCUUAAAACCUUUUCGUUGAGAGGAAUGAUCAGACUAUAAUUGAUAUUUAAAAGUUUAAAUGAUAAGUAAAUGGGAAUAGUACCAUUUCGUGAGAAAAUAUUAACACGUAGCUCUGUUGGUAAUACAUGAUACAAUAUCUACGCACCUCGGCAAGGUCUAUGCUGUGUGAGGGUCUUUCAAGACUACCCCCAAGUCCUAUUCAGAAGACAGAGGAAAGCAACAACAAUAACUCUUCUGGAGAGUCUGGCAGUGAACGUGCUCAUAGUCCUGCGGCAAUGCCCUCAGCACCUUGUUCAAAAACAGACUCGUCUAGAAUUUCACCAUCUUCUUCAGACCAGAGGAGAUCCGAUAAUGAAAGCAAUACGGUAAAUACAAAGGAUGAGCAUAAAAGGAGUGACAGAUCUGACCGUAACAAGCAUACCAGUGAAAAAAAUCGUCGAUCAUCGUACGAUGAUAGAAGACAGCGUGGUGAUAGUAGUACUCAUAAUAAGGAUACUAAGGAAAAACGAAGUAAGGACGAUGAGAAAAAAUCACGCGACGAGGAUAAACGUAAAGAGAAAAGCGAUGAGAAAGAAAAGAAUGAGAAAGAUCAUCAUUAUCGUGAUGAUAGUCGAAGGGAUCGAACUCGUGACAGAAAUGACAGAGAUAGACGCAGAGACAGAGAAAGAGAAAGAGAACGUCGUCAUUCUAGGGAUGAAAGAUCUAGGGAUCGACAUCGGGAAGAAAGAUCAAGUUAUCAUAAAGAAAAAGAUCGUACGAGAUCAAGGUCCAGGUCAAGGGAUCGUGCUCCACCACCCUUCAGAACAAUGAGCUAUAGAGAGGAAAAGGGAAGAAAUAAGUUGGCACAAUUAGAGAAAUUAGGAAUCGAAUUGAAAGCACCUGAAGGGGAUACUGUGGCUUUAGGAAUUCAGAGUGAGCAAAAUUAUUAUAAUCCAUUGACCACGGCUACUCAAGGGAAAUAUGCAGAACAAAUUCAAAAGAGAAAAUUACUAUGGGCUAAUAAGUCGAAACAAGAAGAAGGUAAAGGUACUUCCAAUACAGCUACUACAGUGAACACAUGGAUGGGUACAACAUUUACUCAUGAUCAAGAUGGAAAAGUAACUGCGAAAUUUAAGAGACUAAUGGGUAUAAAAGGAGAUUUACCAAACACACCAACUGCAGGUGUAAAGCCUGAUAUUUUGAAAAAACAGGAAGAAAUGUUUAAUAAUAUGGAACAACAAUAUGAAGUAGCUCGUGCUACUACGCACACUCAACGUGGCGUAGGAUUAGGAUAUACCACCGGUGGUUAUCAAUUUCCACGAUAAAUUAUUAUUAAUAUUAUUAUAAAAAUUAUUAUUAUUAAUAUUUACUUAAUGAAAGAAAUUGAAAUUCUCUGAAAAAAGAUGAAACACUAGAUAACUGUAUUAUAAUAUAGAGAUAUUUGUAAGUUAUCAAGACGAGAUUAAAAAAAAAAAAAAUAUAUAGAGUUCUGUUCGAACUUGUGUCAUAAAAUUUUCGUAAAAACUUAUAUUGUAGUCUCAAAGAUAAAUAUAAGUUGUAUCAGUGCAUUCGUAAAGAGAUAAAAGUCUAAGCGCAUUACAAGAUUACUAAGUAGAAAUAUAUAAAAAAAUUUAUUAUUAAUAUUAUUAUUAUAAUUCUUUUCUUUUAAUUUCUUUAUUAAAUAUGUACAGGAAAUACAGAUGUAAAAAGAAUAGCUUGUUCGAAGAAAUCGUUGAAACAAAUAUGUAGAUUUUUUGAUCCUUUCCUUUUCUUUUUUUUACAUUUUUUUUUUUUUUGCUUUUUUUUAUUAAUUAAUCCCAAAUAUUGAUAAUUGGCAGCGAUCAGCGAUUGUAUUGAUUAUGUUUGCAUUUUUAAAUAAAUUAAUCAAACCUGUAUGUUGCGUAUGUAAUAAAGCAGAUUCUAUUA